AUGUCUAUUUUAGCUUAUAAUGGAGGUGCGGUGGUUGCAAUGAAGGGCAAAGACUGCGUAGCUAUUGCGACAGACAAGCGCUUCGGUAUUCAGGCGCAAACAGUGUCUACCAACUUUCCCAAGGUGUAUCAAAUGGGCCCAACACUGUAUGUUGGUCUGCCAGGUUUAGCUACUGAUACACAGACAGUAUUCCAGAGACUAAAAUUUAGGAUGAACUUGUAUGAGCUGAAAGAGAACAGAGUAAUGAGACCAAAAACAUUCUCCGCAAUGUUGUCUAACCUGUUAUAUGAGAGACGCUUUGGACCAUACUUCAUUGAGCCUGUGGUUGCUGGACUCGACCCUGUGGACAACCAGCCCUACGUAUGCAAUAUGGAUCUGAUUGGCUGUCCCAAUGAGCCGGAAGAUUUUGUGGUAUCAGGAACUUGUUCAGAACAGUUAUAUGGUAUGUGUGAAGCUCUGUGGGAACCCAACCUGUCACCCGAUGAGCUGUUUGAAACUAUUUCACAGGCGCUGGUGAAUGCGGCAGACCGUGACGCUAUUUCCGGUUGGGGAGCUGUGGUGUACAUCAUCGAAAAGGACAAGAUCACAGAGAAGCACGUCAAGACGAGGAUGGACUAG